GCCACUCAACAGUUGCGGCAGGUUUCCGAUCCACAUGCUUCUUUAGUCUGUUUCAGUUCGGAUUCGCGAAUAAAUGUGGCAUCGGCCCACAGCUUCACUUUUACUCGUCGGUCAACCGUUGAAUGCGCUGGAAGUGUUUACGUCGUGUCGUGUAUCAUUUCAGCUAUAGUUAGUUUUUAGUUAUCUUUGAUUCCGUCCCACCUCCGAUCUUCGCGCGAGGGUGUGCAUACGGCGCACGUUCCUCACUAGUGCUUUGUAACUUUUCGUGACUGUCGCAUCGCAGCCCGUAAUCAUCAGGGUUGCUAUAGCCUGGCUACAACUUGACAAGGAUUGCGGACGGGGUCAGUCAGUGGCGCGCAACAGUUGAACGCAGGUGGCAGGAAAACGAAACGGGUGUGAUUUGUGCUGUAGGUUCUAUUCUGCGAUCAACUGUUAAACAGUCAUGUCGAACAUAAGUGCAUUUUACCGUGACAAGAUCGUGUUCGUCACCGGUGGAACGGGAUUCAUCGGUAAAAUAGUGGUGGAAAAGUUAUUACGAACAAGUGAAGUGAAGGAGGUCAUACUGCUGGUUCGUGAAAAGAAAAAUACACUUCCGGAGCAGAGAAUCAAGGAUUUGUGUUCAUCACCUGUGUUCGAUAGACUAUCAAAAAAAACUCCAGGAUACGAAGAACGCAUCAAAGUUUUCGAAGGAAACUUGGAAAAGGUAGGCCUGGGAUUGUCUCCAGUGAGUAUGCAGUACCUGCAGGAUAACGUCAAUGUCAUCCUACACAUCGCCGCCACCGUCAAGUUUGACGAAGAGAUCAUCAAAGCCAUCGGUUUGAACUUAGGCGGAACCAGAGAAGCACUGGAAAUCGGGAAACGUUGCAAAAAACUAGAGAGUUUCAUCUAUGUAUCAACGGCCUAUUCAAACAGCUAUUCAGAUCAUAUCGAGGAACGUGUGUACCCACUGGAUAUUUGUCCGGAAAAAAUUCUAGCGAAUAUGGAUGACGAGAAAAUGAAAGAGGACGUUUAUAAAUACUCAUUGAAAUGGCCGAACACCUACACUUUCACGAAAGCUCUGGCCGAGAGCAUCACCCAAAACUAUCGGCAGUACUUCCCCGUGGCAGUAGUUCGACCAUCCUGCGUAAUGCCAGCUUUCGAUGAACCAAUGCCUGGUUGGUGCGACAGUAUAUACGGAGCCAAUGGAACGUUUAUUGGUUGGUACUACGGCCUGAUUCGAACAAGCAAAAUCGAUCCACAGGUGCAAAUUGAUACCGUACCGGUGGACUACGUAAGCAACACAAUCAUCGCCGCCGGAUGGAAAACUUAUGCCACCAGGGAACAGGACAAAGAAGUCAUAAUUUACAACUGCACUAGCUCAACGGACAAUCCACUAACAUUUGAUGAACGGCGUAUCGAGUGCGAGAAGGUUGUGAAAAAACAUCCCCUGAUGACUGGACUUUACCGACCGAUUACGGUGUGUACCACCAGUGAAACAAUGUUUUGGGUUUACUCGUUGUUCCUGCACUACUUGCCAGCAUUUGUGAUGGAUACUGCGCUAAGGUUGAGGGGUGAAAAGCCUCGACUUGUUAGCACGUACCAAAAACUCGACAAAGUAAUCGACACGGUUAAGAAAUUUGCCAACACCACGUUCUUUUUCGACAACCAGAACAUGCGGGAGUUAUUUGUCCAGAUGAACUCGGCUGAUCACCGGCAGUAUCCGUGCGAUAACCGUACCUACAGUUGGCGAUUAUACUUCGAACGCAUGAUUCCAGGUCUCAAGAAAAAUUUUUUCAAAGAAGACCUCAACAAUGCUCAGGCGGCCCGGCAAGCACUACGGCGGAAAGUAUUUGUCGUCAACAGCAUGGUGGCAAUUAUCAUCGGGCUAAUAUUACUUCAACUGUAUUAUCUUUUUUUCUGAAACAGUGUUUCUAUAUAGGAUUGUAAAUAGAAUACGUAGUCAGAUAAAACAUAGUUUAUGAUGAGGUAGUGUUCAGAAAAGAAGUUGUUCAAAGUGUAUAUGCGGACCAAACCGGAUAUUAUUUAUCAAAUUUGGUCGGCACAUAAAGAAGCCUGGAAUGCGUGAUUAAUGACAACUAUCAGUGGACGGAGAAAAUCAACAGGCGUGACAAUUCGGGGCUUUACUGGCUUAUUUAGUUGAAAAUACAAUCACACAGGGUAGAGAUGCGUACAGUGAUGUAACAUCAAUGUCGAAAAUUCGUCUCUGUAUAGAUUUAAUUCACUGUCUAGCCGCUUUUACAUGUAUUUAUUAAAUCAAGUUUAUGUACUGGUUUAUGUUAUAGUAUAGUUUAUAAACAAUAAAUAAAUAAUGGAACAAAAUUAA